AUGCCGGCUCGAAAAUCAGACCAGCCUCGCAAAAGCGAUGCCCUCAUCCCCGACGACAGCACCCUACCCACCGCCCCGGCAGAUGAAUCACAAGCAGCCGCUUCCGCACCAGAAAAGACCACCAAGGACAAGGACAAAGAGAAAGACACCACCACAAUUGAAGACCUCACGCUGCCCAAGUCAAUAAUCACCAGACUCGCAAAGGGCGUAUUGCCCCCCAACACGCAGAUCCAGGCCAAUGCCAUCCUAGCCAUGAGCAAGAGCGCCACCGUAUUCAUAAACUACCUCGCUUCACAUGCCAACGAAAACACGGUGAAUGCGGGCAAAAAGACGGUCGCGCCGGCAGACGUCUUCAAGGCGCUGGACGAGGUCGAGUUUUCGUUUUUGAAGGGGCCCCUCGAGGCCGAAUUUGCCAGGUUCAGCCAGAUCCAGACGGAGAAACGCACAAGUUACCGCCAGAAAGCACGUGCCAAGCACGACGGCGCCGGGGGCGACGACACGGAAAUGGCGGACACGACGGCCGCGGAUACGACGGUGGCUUCGGACAAGGUGGGUGGUGCGCCGCGCGCGAAGAAGGCGCGUGUUGAUCCUGGGGAGGUGGAUGAGGAGGAGGAGGAGGAGGAUGCUGAGACGGAGGAGGAGGCGGAGGUUCAUGAGGAGGAGGAUGACGACGAUGAGCAGGCAGAUGAGGAGGAGGAGGAGGAGGGAGCGGAAGAGGGGAACGGGAGCAGCGAAGAAACGCAGGAUGCGUUGGAAGAGAGAACUGCAAGUGAUGACAGGGACGAGGCGUUGGACGGAGACGAGAGUGAUUAG